AUGCGUCAUUCCAAGGCCCACGGAGCGAUGGCGGCCGAGGGGGACGUCGAGUUGGAGCUGGAAGCCGAGCCCAAUGGCUCGGCGGUCGGUGGGGACGGCGCCGGCGGCCGCCCGGCCGAGAAGCCGCGGAAACACGACAGCGGGGCGGCCGACCUCGAGCGCGUCACCGACUACGCGGAGGAGAAGGAGAUCCAGAGCUCCAACCUGGAAACGGCCAUGUCAGUGAUAGGCGACCGAAGGUCUAGAGAGCAGAAGGCAAAGCAGGAGCGAGAAAAAGAACUGGCAAAGGUCACCAUCAAGAAGGAGGAUCUGGAACUGAUUAUGAAUGAGAUGGAGAUAUCUAGGGCGGCAGCAGAACGCAGCUUACGAGAACACAUGGGCAACGUGGUGGAUGCACUAAUCACCCUCACCAAUUGAGAGCUCUGUGCUGGCCAUGCUUCUGUGGAGAAAGUGGAAAAUAUGCCUCUUGAGGGCCUUUUUUAUGCAGAUUGUGCACUGCGUGACACAUUUUGAAGUUAUUAAAAUAAAAGAGUCACUUUUCAACCUACUGUGUUUAUAUUGA